GGCUCCUCCUCCGUUACCCUGCGUAGUGACGUCAUCGCGCAGGGCAACGGAGGAGCAAACAGCACCGACGGCGAAGAGGAGAAGCUGAAGAGACGACCUGCUUUCUUCUCCUCUUUUUCUUCUUCUUCUGUUUCUUUUCUUUGUUUCGGAGCUGAAGCGUAGAAGAAGAAUCCCGGAGGACCUCAGACAGUCUCUUCAGUGCUCGAUCGCCCCUCGCUCUCUGCUCUCCAGCGAUGGACCACAUGAACCACAGCGCCAUGGACCACAGUGCCAUGGACCACAGUGCCAUGGACCACGCCCAUCACACUAUGGCCCCGCCCACCACCGGCGGACACGACCACGGAGGAGGAGGAGGGGGUGAUGGGGGCAGUGGAGGACACAUGGGGAUGGUCAUGACCUUCUACUUUGGCUACAACAACGUGGAGCUGCUGUUCACCGGCCUGCUCAUCAACUCACCUGGAGAUGGUCGGGCGUGUAUCGGUGUCUUCCUAUUGGCCGUGCUGUACGAGGGGUUGAAGAUGGGUCGUGAGACGCUGCUGCGUCGCAGUCAAGUCAACGUCCGCUACAACUCCAUGCCGCUCCCCGGGGCUGAUGGGACGGUGCUGAUGGAGACACACAAGACAGUCGGGCAACGGAUGAUAAGCCCCGCCCACUUCCUGCAGACCCUGUUGCACAUCAUUCAGGUGGUCGUCAGCUACUUACUGAUGCUCGUCUUCAUGACCUACAACGCCUACCUCUGCAUCGCCGUGGCAGCCGGUGCCGGCAUGGGCUACUUCCUGUUCAGCUGGCGUAAGGCGGUGGUGGUCGACAUCACCGAGCACUGCCAUUAGCUAGCGUACUCGUUAGCAAUCUGAUCGGGACAUUUGAUUUUCGCUUAUCACAAUCGCUAAGAUGCUAACAAACACCUUCGCUCUAUGUUAGUGCGCUAGCCGACCUGGAACUACAAACCCCAGAGCGUUAGCGCAGAAAACGAGACACUAAAUUACAAAUGUUACCCGGUAACCAUGGUAACAGCUCGUUGUAGGUUAACUUGCACACUAACGUCUGUAGUUAGCGAUUACUAAAUCCGACGAGCACUUUCUUUGUCAGGUUCUUUUUCUGAACUCCAGCUGGUGGGCGAGCCGACCAAUCACGGCUCAGAUCACCUCAGAAGGUUCUGAUUGGCCAAAUCACGUCAUACUGUCUUUUUAAUUCCUUUUUGGUGCCAUGACAACUGGCAGAUUAGAGCUAGAUGCUGUUAGCCAAAACGUUAGCAUACGAAGCUCACAUAUACACUUGUGUCAUUAGUUAGCAUUGUUAGCUGCUAGUGAGAGGAGCCACCAAUCAGAAAACAGUAUUUAAACAUUUAUUUAGUAUAUAAUUUAUUAGAGAAUAGAUAUUUUAUAAAAGCUUUCAUUUAGAUCUUUUUAUUUAAAUGAAAUUACUAAAAAUAACAUUCUUUGUUGCAGUUCAAUAAAAACAUCUUCUCCACUAAACAUUGAGCCAAAUUGAUCAGAAAAUGUAUAUUUUACAAAUAACAUAAGUUCCUAUUGGUCUGCGAGCCAGCCAAUCAGAGCUCAGAUGUUUCAAGUAUAAAACAUAAACUUUUUCUCAGUUUUCUUUUAAAACAAAUACGAUCAUGAAACUUCAAGCUGCUUCUUGAAUCAAAUCAAACUUUUUUUAAACCCAUGUUGUGUUUUUUACGUCUUUCCUCGGCCACCGUCGGCCUUAAACCCGACACCUGUUGCCUUAACGUGUCGGACAAACGUCCUGAUUCUUAAACUGACUGGAGGCCAGUGUUCGAUCUUUAGGUGCUGCUGUGGAGACUCUGCUGGUUUCACUUUAGUACAACUUGAAAACACUUUACUUUUGUAGUUUUGUGAGUCUGAGAAGAAAUGUGUUGUCAGUGGAGGUCAGAGUUCACCAGGAACAAACAAUGAUUUGUUAGGAAAGACCAAAAAUAAAAGACAAGUAACCCUGAAGUCAACAUCUGAACUGGUUCCUAACUCUGAUUAACUUUGUCUUUCUGGAUGAAAUGGACCUCCAUAGAUAUCAUUGUGAUUUAUUGUGAUUAGUUUGUUAUUUUUAUGAUCGAUUCACACUGACAGGUGGGCAGGGCUUACUCACUGGACCAAUCAGGUUGCAGGGACAGAGUGCAGUUACUGGAUUUUUAUUCUAAACAAAAUUUUCGACACAAAAAUGUUAACCUAGGUUUGAUCGGUAUGUCUGCAUGUGUCCGUCCGUGCAGUGUAGUGUGAUUAGAUGUCCACAGACUUUUGUCCGCAUCCUGUCAGACUGGAGUCGAGGCUGAGUCUCAGUGUGAAUCUGUUGAUGUUGAAAAUGAAGUUGAUGCUUUCUGAUUUAAAACUGUCUGUGAAGGAUAACUGUUUAUUGGAAUAUUAAAGUGUCUGAAAGAUGUUUUAAUUGUCACAAAUGCUGGAAAAAAAACAGAAUAAAGUUUAUGAAGAAA